AUGGCGGAUCGUAUUUCCACUCCUGCAACACCUUGCAGCCUCCGCGGAAGACUAGACCUAGACCUCCGUUCCUGGCAUGAGAAGUACGACGGCGUCGUGCGCCCGGGCCCAGACGAAGUCACCUUCAUCACCGCCCAAGCCUGGAAGGAUAUUUACGGCCAUGGCCACCUUCAGCUCCCGAAAGUGCAAAUCUCCACCAUCAACGGCAAGAACAUCUUCGCCACCAAUGACGUAGACCAUGCUCGUUUCCGGAAGGCGCUCUCGCACGCGUUCUCAGCCAAAGGGCUGCAGGCACAGGAGUGCCUCGUCACACGGUACAUCGAUAAACGGAUCGAGCGACUGAAGGGGUUCACGGAGUCAGGGACGGCGGCGGAUAUGGGCAAGUGGUAG